GUACAACUAAAGCCAGUUCAAGCACAUCUAUGAAUUCUAUAACUCUAAAAAUGACCGGAGAAUCAUCAACUCGCACUCAAUAUUAUACAGAAUACUCUCAGUCUAUAUCGCAACCAUUUUCUAAUAGCGAAUCCCCCGACCAAGCUGAGCUUGGGCAAUUUGGCUGUAUCAAAUCAUUCGGUUCACACAGCUCAAACAGCGGUCAUUAUCCGUACUGGGGACGCGAAAGAGAUCGUUAUCACUGGCAAGAAAUGCUCGUCAAGAAACUCGUACACGCCAAAUAUACGCGUCUGGAUCAGACCCAGCAUCCCCUUCUCUCUUAUUUCCGACAGCUUGCCAGGGCCGAGGAGCUCGAGCUUUGGUAUCGCAAGAGGAAGUUGAGAAAGGAGCAAGAGAAGAACAAGCGCUGCCGAAACAUCCCAUGAGAUAUACAGGAAAUAUGAUGGCUUUAAUAUAGAAAAUUUGUAUCUGUAAAACCUCGCUGCCGAAGAAGAUAUUUGGCAAAAUGGCAGAAGCAUCAUCAAUCGGGUUGUUAAUAGACGGAAGUGUUGAGCAUUAGACUUGAACAAAAGUCGACAUUGGUUCGGUUAUAAAAUGAUCAUAGAGCUUAUAGCAUUAUCUUAGUGCUUAUCAAGUCCUCAUAUUAUUCCACACUGAACUUGGCUCGUGAUAAUGGUUUCGUAAAAUAAUACUGGAUGUGGCAUGGUAGCUCACGACGUUAAAUCAGAAGUACAAGCUUAAUAAUUGGUUCCUGUUGCUACAUAGAUAGAGUGAUGUGUAAG